GGUCCUGAACUGUACGCAGCUAUGAGGCUCCUUAGUUACCUGUACACAUUGGUUCUUUUCUACCCUUGUUAUGGAUGCCACUAUUCUAGCAGCAUUUAUAUCUGUCAGGGAAGAGACGUGGAUCAUGUCCCUCAGGAUAUUCCCAAAAAUGCUUCAGAAGUGAGAUUUAUGUAUACGAAAAUUGUGGUUAUACCAAAUGGAACUUUCUCUGGAUUUGAAGAGCUUACCAACAUAGAGAUCUCAGAGAAUUAUGACCUUAAAUCCAUAGAGGCAAACGUGUUCUCAAACAUCCCGCAACUACAAGAAAUAAGGAUUGAAAAAGCAAACAGUCUUGAAUUCAUUGAUCAAGAUGCUUUCUGGAAUCUCCCAAUGCUCAAGUAUCUGUAAGACUAUUUUAUGUUUGAUGUAGUAAUUCUUAUCAGCUUAUCACAGACACAUAUUAAAUAUCCGCAAUGAUAAUAAAUGACUAUUAGCUGCAAAGAAGCUGAAAACACAUGAAAGAAAAGCAUUUGUUAUAGUAAUGGU